CUCAAACUGUGAUUAUGAGUACCACUAGCGGUAAAAAUAUAUAUAUUGGAAGUCAAACUUUUAUUACUUAGAGAGCUCUAUGUGUGUACUACUGCGGGUUGCAUUUGGUGUAAAAAGUUUGAGAACCACUGUUUACGUAAUUACGCAAUGACAUCAUGACGCAAUUGCAACGUAGUUUAGGACAUUUUAGCAACAAAUAGACCCGAAAAUGAGUUGGCAACGGCAAAAUUCUUCACCGUUAUGGCGGCUCAGGCUCGCGCUGUGGUCUCAGCCCAGUGGGUAGCGGACGCAAUCAGAAACGGCCUCGUAGGCUCCAAGAUUCGGAUCCUGGACUCGUCGUGGUACCCCCCGGUAACCAAACGGGACCCGAAAGCGGAGUUUGCGGAGAAGCACAUCCCGGGCUCUUCGUUCUUCGACAUGAUCGAGUGCAGCGACCGGAGCUCACCUUACUGCCACACUCUGCCCACCAGCGGCCACUUUUCUCGCUACGUGGGCGAGCUGGGCAUCGGCAACGACACGCACGUGGUGGUGUACGAUGCGCACGACCUGGGCUUGUACACCGCGCCCCGCGUCUGGUGGAUGUUCCGACUGUUCGGCCACAACUCGGCGUCGGUGCUGGACGGCGGCAUGAAGAACUGGUUGGCCGAAGGGCGCCCGGUGACGUCGGAACAAGUGAAGCCAGAGCGCAGAGACUUCCAGGUGGCCACGAAGCCUGCGUGGGUGAAGACGUACGAGGACGUGCUGGACAACAUCGGCACCGAGAAGAUCCAGGUGGUGGACACCAGGCCUGCGGGAAGGUACAGGGGGCUCGAACCGGAGCCCAUUGAGGGUACGCUACCGGGCCACUUCCCCGGUGCAGUCAACUUGCCAUUUACUUCCUUCCUGGAACCCUCUGGGAAGUUUCUUGCCAGCGAAGACCUCUCCAGACGGUUCAGGGAAGCGGGGCUCAAAGUGGAACAGCCGCUUUGGGCCACCUGCUCGUGUGGCGUGACGGCGUGCUUUGCUGUUCUGGUUGCUCAGCUGCUCGGGCACCCGGGCGUGUGCCUUUACGACGGCUCCUGGUCCGAGUGGUUUAAAAGGGCAUCUCCUGAGAACAUCAUCUCAGAGGGAGAGGGAAAGAAGAUGUGAGGCAGUCGACUCGGUCAGAUGAGGCUGGAAGUCAGUGAGGUGUGUUACAAGUGAAUUAAACAAUUGCAGAUUUUAACUGCAUUAGUGAUUUGUUGCAGUUUAAUGAUAUAAUCGGUGCACAAUUAACUUUUUACUCAAGCAGCCUUCAUAGUUGACCAUUGCAACAGUCUGCAGAAACAUGUAGUGAACCACAUUACCCCUCUCUGCAAAUAAUUUAUUGCAGACUAAACAAGAAAUGUUUGCAGUGCAUAAAGCAAUCUUUUAUGUUAUUUUUUUUUUUUAAUAAGAAGGGUAGUCUUUUUACAAAUGACGUGUGAAAUGUCUUCUUUCAGUUAUCUUGUAUGAUCCCAGUUCAAGUUUUUGAUUCUCAUUUGUGGCUCUCCUUAUUCAUUAACUACUUUAGAAAAGUAAAUGUUCAGCUUUUGGGGAUAUAGCUUGCAGAGAGCCUGCAUAUCAAAUAUAGUUUGUAUCACCAUAUGUUAUGUCAUUAAAUAAAAUGUGAACUACUGGGACAUAAGCUUUUCUGUUUUUGCUGUUUUCUCCCCCAACAACUGUUUCAUGUCAACAAAACUGAGCUGUGCAAAUAAGGAAAAAGCUCAAAAACUUUGAUCCUAUUUCUUUCAUUUAUAACAUAAUGUGAUAGAAUAAAAACUGCUCAAAGUGAUUCCUGUGCUGUACUUGGGUUAUAAAGUUAAAUAAGAUGAACAUUCACAUAUUAAGAGAAAAAAAGGAAAUGUACAGACUGAAAUAAAAGUGCAGGAAUUUGGCAAAUGGAGAAGUUUAUGUUGUUGAUGCUAUACUUCGUCAAAAUAGGCUCGUUGCUUUUUACAACCUUCACGGCAGAUGACGCGAUUUAAAAUAAGUCAGGAAUAGAGAGUGAUAAUGUCAACUGAGGUUGUGCUAUUGAUUGAGAUCUAGGAGACUUUGAAGGCGGAAAAACAGAGACAGCAGCAACAUGGAGUCAUGUGAACCAGGGUGAAUUAAUGCAACAGAUUUGGAGAAGCACAAUAUUCUCCAUCCAGGGCCUUAUUUAAGAGAAUUGUUUGACAAAAGAUAAAAACUUGUGUGCAGAGAAGUUUUAUUCCCCUCUUUGGCCAAGUUGUCAAAAAGAAAAUGAAAUAUUCUGUAUAAGUGACAAUAAAAGUUCAUUUUUUUCAUAUGAA